AUGGCACUUCCAUCUGGCGAACUGAUCGGUUCUCUGGGACGCCGCUAUAUCCUCAAACAAUUGAUCCAGGAGAGACCUCGUCUUGGCCGCGUUUGGCUGGCAACGUCUGGACAAGAAAAGUUCGUCUUGAAGGACAUUCCGGAAGCUAUCUUUUCAAGUUUCAACGAAGACAUCCGGCCGCGGCUGCAUGAAAGCCCAUAUCUACGGCUACCCUGUGAUACAAUUCCGAACAAGCGAACUUUUGCCUAUAGAUAUAUGGACGAUGAUCUUCUAAGCCUUGUACGAAAGCAAGUAUCGGUACAAACUCGGAAGCAAGUUCUAAAGGCCGGAUUGCGAGGUAUUGCUGACCUACAUAGCCAUGACGUUGUCCAUUUAGAUAUCAAACCUGAAAAUAUCAUGGUUAACUACAGCGGCACUGGACCGGAAACGACCAUCGAGCAAGUUCGGGUUAUUGAUCUUGAAAACGCAGCCUAUCUUCCGAAGGGAAGAUGCAUCAAAGGAAUGCUAGCUGGCAAUGAUAACUGGCGAAGUCCUGAAGCCCAUUUAAAAGGCGAACUCAACAAGCCUUCCGAUAUAUUUUCCUUUGCAGCUGUAUGCAUCUACGCGAUGCUUAGAAAAGUCAUCUUUGGUGCAGACGAGGAUCUGCGGAAGCAUGAAGCACAGGGUGCAUUUCCUUAUGUUAUCCGUUUGCAGCGCCAAGUUUCAUAUUUUGGAGACCGAAAGGGGCUGAACGGGCUCAUAACACAUAUUGGAGAUGAUUAUAUGCACUGCAAAGUCCUUGGAUUUCUAUGGGAUGAUCGGGUGGCUGACUAUCACCCCUACAAGCCGUUUUCACAAUGGUCGAAUGAUAUGGACGAUCCCGAGUUUGAGGACAUGAUCUUGAAGAUGACAAGCUUGGACCCCCAAAAACGGGUAACAGCACAUGAGGCGUUGGAGCAUCCUUGGUUUUCCCAUCCAUAG